UUCAUACCAAACCCUCAUUUCAUGCAAAAAGCCAAAAACUAGUACACACAUAACUCUCUCUGUUUGUUUCAGGCGAUUCAUGAUCUGAAUUUGUUUUUCUUUGAUUCAAACAAUUGAACUCUGCCAUGGCCAUCAGGAUUAUCAGGUUCAAGUUCAGGAGCUUGUUGAACUACGAAUCGGUCGAGAUCGGAGACCGCCCUUCUAUUUCACUUCGCGAACUCGUACUUAAAAUUGUCCAUAAAAAGAACCUCGAUGUUCGUCAGGAUUGCGAUGUUCUCUUCUCUGAUGCAUUUACUGGUCAAGAGUACGCUGAUAACAAUAUUAUGAUACCUAGUGGCUCUACCGUGAUUAUCAAGAGACUCCCUUUAGGAUCACUGCCUUCAGCUAUGAAGCUUAUUGACUCAUUUGAAGAAUGUCGUGUCAAAGACACAAAGACAGUCGAUGCUUCUCUUCCUAUGGAUGUGGAGGAUAUAAAUUUUGAUGACCUUGGAGACGACUUGAGUCUUCCAGACGCAAUCUUACUUUGCUCUGAUAUUGACAAUAGUAAGAAAAAAUCUCUUAGCUUUGAGAAGGCAAAUAAUGAAUUAAGAAGAUGCUCUGGACAACCCAUUGUUGGAAGCCAGAAACAUGAAGCUGACAACCUAAUUGGUGCUAGCCUGAGAGUAGAAAGAAAUGCAUCAGAGAAAAAAUGUGAUGUUAAAGCGUGGAUGCAAUUUGGCCAAACGGCGAUUGCCGAUCCUUCAGCAUUGCAAAAACGUAAUAUACCUUCAAAGCUUAGAUGUCCUCUCUGCGAUGGAAUUUUCAAGGAUGCUGUGAUUAUACUUUGCUGCCAGUACAGUUUUUGUGAGGAAUGCAUUCAUCAAGAAUUGGUUGAGAAAGCCAGAUGUCCCAAAUGUUUUUGUGCCAAAAAUGAAAUUGAAGAUUUGGUACCAAAUAUUACUCUUAGGAAGCUAAUUGAGAAUAACAGGGAAUCUCUAAAUUUAAUCAUUGGUUCAGAAAAAGAUUUUCUUCAAUAUGCUCCAGAUGGAGAAUCAGGAAUUUAUCCAAACGGUGUUCCUUGUGGGGUGAAAAUCCUUCAGAGAGAACCAGAAUCAUCUCAUUCUGCAACUUCAAUCGGGAGGGGGUCCAAUCAAAUUGCAACUGAACCUUCUUAUGAAUUGCAGUUACGAGAAAAUGCUUCAAUGGGCUGUUUGAUUCCUCCUGUCAGUUUGUCAAGUGUGCAGAAAUCUUUGAGACAAUCUUCUCUGUCACCAAAAAGGAAGCAAAUAGAUGAAGACAGACAUGAGGCUGCCCUUGUGGAUUUGAAGAGUAGAGGCAAGGGCUUGGCAGAUUUUGCUGAUUUUCAGGGGGGAAGCCAGCUCGUGCAUGAAAAAGGUGUUGGCAAGAGCUUUGUGCAAACUAGAAGAGAAAGAAAGGUUGAGCGUUUGUGUUUCAGGUGUGGCUCUGUGGACCAUUUAAUAAGAAACUGCCCAGCUGCUUCCAGUUUGGAUGUUGAGUCUCAGACAGGAAAUUAUAUCUUUCCAGGAGCUAUGACUUAUGAUAAAUAUCCUUAUUGGAAUGGAACUUCGUUUCCUAAUAGUGCGCCCUUUAUGAAUGCAUAUAAUCCUGAAAUGAUGGCCUUCAAUCCCUCAAUGCUACCUCCUAUGGCCUUCGCUCGUCCUGCAUAUAUGUUGUUUGGCAGCUUACCUCCAUAUGCGUAA